AUGGCCCCACCAGCGACGCGAAGAAAGGUACAGCAUUCGCCAACACCGACGACGAGACAACCAACGGCAACGGCGCAAGAAGAAACACGAGACGUAAACGUAGCAGGAGCCUCAAGUGGAAACGCGGGACCAGCGCCGACCGAGCGAGAGACCUCGACGGCACCGCCGAUGCACGCAAUCGCAACCUUGACCGAAAACCCGAAGGACUCGCAACCGCAAGCGAACGCCGGAGAGGAAACUCCCAAGCGGCUCACAGCAACAGCGACGGUCCCAACACCCGUACGCCUCACUCCGGAGCCGCCGAAGUUCAAGCCGGGCGACGACGCAGCGAGAUGGUUGAAGUCGUUCGAGAGAAUCGCAACCCACAACGUGUGGCAAGGCGAUUUCAAGCUACAAUCAGCGGAAAUAUGCAUGACGGAUCUUGCAUUGCAAUGGGCGGAGACCCAGAGCGAACGGCUGACGACAUGGGCGACUUGGAAAGCAGCGUUCGCGAAAAGAUUCGAUAACGGAAGGGUCGCCCAAGCCAAACAACAACUGCGCAAGCUUAUCCGCAGCGAGGAAGACUCCCUAAUCGACCAUCUGGACAGGGUGGAAUGGUUGUGCCGCCAAACAAGCCCAUCGAUGCAGGAUGAGGAGAUCAUCGAAAACUUCGGAAACACGAUUUCAGAAGAGGAAUUCGCGUUCGUGGUGACGGGAAAGCUGACAAAGGAUCUCCAAGGUCUGAGAGAAACCCUUGAACUUCGGCAGAACCAAGCAAAAACGCGCAACAAGAGCGACGAGCCGAAAGCCAGCCGAACCCCGGUCAUGGCGGCA